AUGAAGUUCAUCUCUCAGAUUAUCAUCGUUACUCUCGCUAUCGCAGCGUACGGCGCACCAAUGGUGGAAGAGCGAAGCCCGCCUCUCGUCGCCGGCAGUGUUCACGAGAAACUUGCUGAGAAGAGCCCGCCACUUGUCGCUGGCAGCGUGCACGAGAAGCUUGCCGAGCGUAGUCCCCCGCUUGUUGCGGGUAGCGUGCACGAGAAGCUCGCUGAGCGUAGUCCUCCACUCGUCGCUGGUAGCGUGCAUGAGAAGCUCUUCGAGCGUAGCCCGCCCCUCGUUGCCGGAAGCGUUCACGAGAAGCUUUCGGAGGAGCAGUAGUUCAUGCCGGAGGUGGCGUUAACAUGCCCAUCAGCACGACGUUUUUUCAAGCCGCUAUUGAAAGGGUAUGACACACGUACCGUACUUAGCUGAAUAAAUGCUUAUGCGGUACCCAAU